UUCCUUUCCGUUGACUAUUCGAUGCUCAUACUUUCGCAGGUCACCUUGGCUGUUGUGGGUACCACAGUCGGCUUCUAGACCGGUACAUCUGGCUUCUAUAGCGUCAGCAUGUCCGUGUCUAGCUGUGCUCUUCUGUCCAUGACCUCCACGAUUAUUUGCUUGUACUACCAUUUCCCCCUUAUUCACGCCCUCCCUCGCCGGCUAUGCCGGAUCCUCUCCUCGAUUGGAUCGAUCUUUGCUUUCACCGUUCGGAGUCGAUUCCUCCAUUAUACCCCCCUUCUUCUUUUGCAUGCUACAUCCCCCACAUACCCUUGCGCGCUUGAUACCGCCGCAUCUCUAUUCACCCUGCGGCUGCUUGGUUUGUUUACCUUUCUCAAAACACUCGACACGAUUGGACGACGUAAUGCUUCUAAUGUUCUUUUCUUUUGUGCCUUAUAUUCCACCUGGUGUUCUGGACUCUAUUUUAGCCCGCCCUUGGACCAUUAUUUGGUGAACAAUGGGGUGGUUCAAUCUGGGAGCGUGAGGCGACGGAUUUAAUCAAGGGUUCACGACAUUGCAUGGAUAUAUGCCAUUUUCCUUUUUCCUUUUCCUUUUUUUUUUUCUCCUUAUUUUCCUAUAUCUUCACUUCUCCCCCAUGUACUACUUAUGGAUACAUGUUUUACUUAUGACACCGUGACCAACAUUAUCACAGUAUAUAUACAAGUGAUUGUCGCGCUCUGCGUGGCUGCUCUUGACCAAAAAUAGACAAUAUAUGAUAUUAUACUCAUAUAGUAACCUCUCUGCACCCAUUGUAAAUCAGCCUGGCCAUCCUAGUUGAGUAUCAGUUC